UGUGGCCCGCCUGCCUCCACCACUAGCGACCAGCGGGCGACGGAGGCGAGCGAGGAGGAGAUAGCUCGCGGCAGCCAUGGCGGCCUCCACUGCUUCCCGCCUCUCCCCCCCUCGCCUCCGCGUACCUUACCCCCCUUCUCCCCAUCUCUCACUUCGCCGCUCGCGUUUCUCCCCUCUUCGCGCCGCCAAGCUGGAAGCUGUGUUAUCUAUUGGAACUCAUCUAAUACCACACCCAAGAAAGGUUGAGACUGGUGGAGAAGAUGCUUUCUUUGUGAACAGCGAUGCCAGUGGAGUGUUUGCCAUUGCAGAUGGCGUUUCAGGAUGGGCAGAAAAGGAUGUUAAUCCGGCUCUGUUUUCUCGAGAGCUCAUGUCGCACAGCUCUACUUUUAUCAAGGACGAGGAGGUCAAUCAUGAUCCUCAGCUUCUUCUAAUGAAGGCUCAUGCUGCAACAACUUCUGUUGGAUCUGCAACUGUAAUCAUUGCAAUGCUUGAGAAGUCCGGGAUUCUAAAAAUUGCAAGUGUGGGAGAUUGUGGUUUGAAAGUUAUCAGAAAAGGCCAAGUAAUGUUCUCUACAUGUCCUCAAGAACAUUACUUUGACUGUCCAUACCAGAUAAGCUCUGAAGAAGUUGGUCAAACAUAUCUGGAUGCACUGGUUUGUACAGUAAAUCUUAUGGAGGGUGAUAUGAUUGUUAGUGGCUCAGAUGGAUUUUUUGACAAUAUAUUUGAUCAAGAGAUCGUUUCUGUCAUUUCCGAGUCUCCAGGGGUAGAUGAAGCUGCAAAAGCACUGGCAGAGCUUGCAAGGAAGCAUUCAGUGGAUGUCACCUUUGAUUCACCCUACUCAAUGGAGGCUCGGAGUCGGGGUUUUGAUGUCCCCUCAUGGAAAAAGUUCAUUGGAGGAAAACUAAUAGGUGGUAAGAUGGACGACAUUACGGUCAUUGUUGCACAGGUGAAGGCAGUGUUGGUCCCAGAUGAUGAGGGUGUUGAAGAAGAAAAGGGUCAAGGGGAUGGGCAAGGUAGUGCUGUUGCAGUUGCAUCCUCUGAACAAAAUGAAGACUGAAUUACAAAAGGACAGUAAAAUCAUAAACUGUAAUCACAAUGUAAUUACUGAUUCAUCAAAACGAGUUCUUCCUGUACGUACUGUCCUUUCCUUAAUCCUUCUUCCUCUGCUUCUCUGUAAUCAUAGUGUACUUGUAUGUUCUGCUGCACCCAAUAUAAAUAUACAAUUUAAUCAACAUCUACUUGCGCACAAGUACA